CACAGUCAGUGUCUCCUCCUCGACACGGAAGGCUCUCUUCUCUCAUUAAUUACAGAGCUGGGCGCUAAGAGAAAGUUCACUGACUGAAGGAAUUGAUGUCCACUAUGGCCACGUUUCGCUUUGGGCAGCACAUCAUAAAGUCCUCGGCUGUGUUUUUGAAGACGGAGUUGUCCUUCGCACUAGUCAACCGAAAGCCGGUCGUGCCUGGCCAUGUUCUAGUUUGUCCUCUUCGCGUCGUUGAGAGAUUUCGAGAUCUUCGUCCUGAUGAGGUGGCAGAUCUGUUCAUGACCACACAGAGAAUAGCCGAUGUGAUUGAGAAACACUUUCAGGCGUCCUCCCUAACCAUCGCCAUUCAGGACGGACCUGAGGCAGGACAGACGGUGAAGCAUGUCCAUGUUCACGUGCUUCCGAGGAAGGCUGGAGACUUCGAUAAGAACGACAGCAUCUAUGAUGAGACUUACAGUGGCCUCUGUGUGCGCAUGUCCGAUAAGUCCACGAGAGCGUAG